AGCAGGCGCAGCAACCCGAAAUAUUCCCAAAAACAGGGUGCUAAUACUCACUCUCUUGGGCCCGCCACUACACAAAACGUCGAUCAAAACACGCCAGCAUGUAUUUCACAUCAAAAUAGCUUUUUAAGAGAUCCUUUGGUAUGAAACAAUAGCGAGUAUAAAAAUAGGAGUUGGUUCCUCCUCCGUGGCCAGAAGGAGGACAUUUUGCAUGUUGUUUUUUGGACACAGCCACAAGGUGCCACAACUAAUCUAUAAAAGAUCAGCAAGCUCCAACAUUCUUUUCUCGGCUACUUCUCUUCUGUUCUUCUCUUCUUCGUAUAAUGCAUUUUAUAAGGGAAGCUUUUCGACGAAAGCCCCUGGAAAAAACGUCGCUGGUCUGGGUCCGCGGAAUAACAGCAGUGGGGCUCACUUGUAUCUUCGCUGCGUAUUUCCUUUACUUGUGUAUUCAGCUGUAUGAGGAUCAGCCACUGAUCAAACUAUUGGCACAAAACAUAACGGAUACUUACGUGUCACCUGAUGUGGAGAUGUGCAGUGCCAACUCCAAUCUGCGAUUAUGGUAUUGCGAUAUUGUUGCUAUGAACUGGACUUCUCGACGCGUCCCAAAUUGCACGGGACUAAUCCAAAAGGGUGCUUAUAGUCCCACCAUGUAUUGUCAGAUAUUUCAGUCGAACGGGUCCAUUGCCUUUGGAUUAAAUGCUGACACGCCUGAUACGCCAGGAAAGGAUGUUGUGCGGCGAGUGGACUUUUAUUGGCAGAUCGACAAUUUGACAGCUUCUGUCUCGCAAACUCUCUCAGUGCCCGCCAUCUCUGUACAGUUAUAUGCGCCACAAUUCAAUCCUUGGUACACCAAUGAUGUGCCAGGGUGGAUUCCUCGCCAAUUUCAAGCCUACCGAGACAUCACUAUGGGCGUAACGAAAGCCACUGCGAUCCAACGGCAUUCUACCAACCUGAUCUUUACUCCAAGCACUUACAAGGCGAUUAGACCGUCUGAUUUUGGAGCGCUUUUUGGGCUGGCUGCGCGAUAUGUCGACAUACCUACCAUAUCGACUGAUAGUAUCAUAUGGCCACUGCAUUUCAACCCCAACUUUUCGAACGGAAUGAUGACUGGCCAUUUUUCUAUCCAGCUAGGAAGUGGUACCAUGAAUGUUCAGCAAGAACAGCGACAAAAUACCAUUCUAUCACUACUUGCGUUGACGGGUGGUGCAUUUGGAUUGCUGAAUAUCAUAUACGUAAUGUUAUUCGGUAUGACAAGAUUAGCGCCAUGGGGUGUGGUGCAUUAUUUUUCCUUUUUUUUCGACCCUCCGCCAUCCUAUUCUCCUAUGGAGUCAGACAAGAAAGCGUUAUUACAACAAGAGAUUGUGUCCAUCAAAUCUGAGUAUUACAACGUCGAGCUAGAACGAGCGACGUCGACCGGCGAGUCCAGGCAUUGGGCGGAGAAAACGGAGGAAAUAGAACACCCUUUACCUAGAACACCUGUAACAGAUGUGUCAACGAUGAUGAGCGACGAACAGUCGGUUACAGGAACCUCACCGAUGGAUCUAGAAGCUCGUGUACAGGAGCUUGAACUUAUUCUCGCCAAUUACUUCUUAGAUACUAAACAUUUGGAUCGCAUGCGACGGAAGUCUAACCGGAGACCCUCACAACGACACACUUUUACAGGCUCUAUUUCCAGUUAGAGUGCAUCUUUAUUAUUCCCUUUACUCAUACCAGUACUAUUCAACUUGCAUCAACUGUAAAUUAAAUUCGAGAUCCGUAAUAAAAAAUCGCUUUGUAUAUUA